AUGUCGUCCAAAACGAUCGCCCCGAUUGAGAUAGGGUCGUUCACCGCCUCAUCGCCCGAAAAGACAGAAUUCAUUGGCAGCGCCAGCGGAGUCUUCUUCGUCAACACCGUCUUCCGCGCCUUUGCUCGAUCAGCUUACAAUUCCAAGACACUGGCUACCAAUGAUCAGCCAACACGCAAUGACCCUGGGUCAGUCGACAGUCGGCUUGUCGAUCCAGAGACGCCCAUGCAACUGGACCACGAGGGCGCCGGAAUGAGGAUCUUUAUCGAGAACGAAACAGGCCCAAACUCUUAUGGCGUCAAAGGGCAUGGACUGGGAGUUGCGCCGGAACAAGAGCCAGCAAGGGAGCUUCUGAUGCUUUACCUCAAAAGUUGGCAUCCCCUCUUCCCAUUUCUGCAUGGGCCGACCCUUUUCGAAACAAUACGAGGUCUUUAUGAGACCAGUGGGCAGAGGAAGCUUUCGCUAAGGAGCCGUUUAUGCCAGGCUAUUAUCUGCCAAUGCGUUUUCAACAUUGCAGCCCUUGACCAGCCCGACGGAGUGCUCGCCACUGAAUCGCGACUGGAUUCCCCUGCAAAAUUACUCUCGCUCUUGGGAUACGUUGCGAGUAACCAUGACAACCUCUCGUUACAGGCUCUGCUCGCCGCUCAGCUCUAUCUCGUGGCGACAAUGUCUCUCCGAGCGGCGUCGACGAUAGGAGGUACCCUUACACGGGUGAUGUAUCACGCAGGUUUCCACCGCUGCGCUUUCCGGUACCCUCAAUUGUCACCCCGUGAAUGCGAAUUGCGGAAGAGGAUCUUUUGGAGUGCCUACGUGCUGGAUCGCUAUUUAAGUCAAGCACUCGGUCAUCCUCUGGGUAUUCAUGAUUCUGACCUGGAUGUUUGCAUUCCGGGCAUGGAUGAACUGCACAAGCCGGUCAAAACCAGCCAGCAGGUACCCUCUACAAGUCGCGAGGCCACCGAGGGAGUCCUCGCUCAUCUGCCCCGAGGCCAUCACAGGCGUGACUCGCGCCCAGAUGAUCCUAUGGCCUCAGAACAGGCUGGCGGCCCAGCGACAGGCUCUGAUCCAGAAUUCCCUAGUUUGGAUCCUCCCAAAGAUAUCACCUUCUCACACUCAUGCCAAAGCUCCCAGAUCUUGGGCCAUUAUGUGCUCUACUGCCGGCUCACAGGUCAGGCAGUUCAGACAUUCCAUAUCUCGCUCCAAAACCGGACGAUAAAUGCAGAACGAAUGAUGGAGCUUCAAUCAAACGUCCACGCGUGGUGGAAUGGCCUGCCUCAAGAACUACAGGACGAGUAUACUGGAGGCGGAGGGAAACUGGCCUCGACCUUCACAUUCUUCUUUUCAAUACUUUAUAAUCAUCUUUUGCUUCUCAGUAACCGCCCAUUUUUAUCUCUUUCGCCAAAGUCCAUAGAAUUCAGGUCGAGUCUGCAGACAUGCAUUGCAGCAAGCCGACAAAUUAUCACGACAUCAAGGCGUCAACACGACAGCGGCUUGAUUGUAUCUUGGCCCGGAAUGCUAUCAGCUACGUGGAUGGCCGGGUUGGUUUUGGCUUUUGCUUGCACACUGAAACGAUAUCCGUUCAGCAAGGCGCAAAGAGAAAUCGAGGAUUCCAUUCGCAGUCUCUCGGUGAUGGCAAAGAGCUGGAACAAUGCAAAACACUGUGCAGAGGCCCUCCAGUCCUUGUUGGAAACCCUGACAACACAAUAUAACAAGGGGCAAAAUUCUGUUGUCUCUCCAUUGUCCUCCUAUGUGACUGCCACAGGGACUUCAAGACCAGCAACGGUCGGAGGGCCAGCUGAACCAAUUGCUACGCAGCUCUCCUCGACUGAAACAAAUGAACCUUCCAGGAAAAGGAAGAGGACCAGUCGAGGGCAACAAGAACGGAACCCACGACAAAGCGAGUUCCCUGACACGAUGAAUGGCGACUCCAACCAAUCUCAGACAAUCAAUCAAGACUUCGACGCCGACUCAUACCAACUGCCCAGCCUCAACAGCGGGCCAAUGUUCCCUAUCCUUGAAUACACAGGACCAGAUUUUGGUUUCAGCAAUGUACAAAAUCCAACAAUGGACGACUUUGAGUUCCUCGGUCUGCCAGUUUCAGACGAUCUGUACCCAAACAACCCUGGAGCCUUUGGUAACAUCGGAUGGGAGGCACUGGCUAACGGGUCUGGCAACAUGCAGAGCUGGGCCACUUGGGGCACGCCGAGGCCUUGA